GGAUCGCUGCCGCCAGCAAAUUAAGGCGCAGGGCUGCGAGUGCCCGGGCGCAGUGUUCUCCGCGCCGCGCCUUGCUCGGCACGCCUUCGCUGGCGCUCCCCGGCGUCCGCCCCCUCGCAGCGGCGCCCCACCGGUCGCCACCUUCCUGCAGCUUGGGCCGCUCCGGCUGUUCCCCAGCGCGUGGAGGGAGGAAGGACGCAGAGGGGGUGCGGCAGGACCCCUGGGCUUUGCGCGUCCGAUGCUCGUCUCCACCUUCCAGCCGCGCAGCCCGUGGUCCUGCGGAGCGCCCCAGUGUUCGCGCACCCGGUUGAGCCCGCUGCUGGUCCUGUCCUGUCCUCUCCGGCUAGUUGGAAGUCUUUGGGGCUGGAGGGCUUUGCGGUGAGGGACAGAGGCCAGUGUGGAGCUCUUGGGAGGUUGGGGCUGACUCAUCUGGAGUUGCCGACUCCGCUGAGACUGCACUUGGAAACUUUGCGCUCUGUGUCGGUUUUUGUCUCCCUUGGGGAAGCUGGACGGCAGUUCGGCAGGCCCCGUCCGUGGCCAGGACCGCGCGCUGGGGGCCAUGGAGUUCACGGCGUCGCCGAAGCCACAGCUCUCCUCCCGGGCCAACGCCUUCUCCAUCGCCGCGCUCAUGUCGAGCGGCGGCUCCAAGGAGAAGGAGGCCACAGAGAACACCAUCAAGCCUCUGGAACAAUUUGUUGAGAAGUCAUCGUGUGCCCAGCCCCUGGGCGAACUGACCAGCCUGGAUGCUCACGGGGAGUUUGGUGGUGGGGGCAGCAGUAGCCCAUCCUCCUCCUCUCUGUGUACUGAGCCGCUGAUCCCCACCACCCCCAUCAUCCCCAGUGAGGAAAUGGCCAAAAUUGCCUGCAGCCUGGAGACCAAGGAGCUCUGGGACAAAUUCCACGAGCUGGGAACAGAGAUGAUCAUCACCAAGUCGGGCAGGAGGAUGUUUCCCACCAUCCGAGUGUCAUUUUCGGGUGUGGAUCCUGAGGCCAAGUACAUAGUCCUGAUGGACAUCGUACCCGUGGACAACAAGAGGUACCGCUACGCCUACCACCGGUCCUCCUGGCUGGUGGCUGGCAAGGCAGACCCGCCGCUGCCAGCCAGGUUGUACGUACACCCAGACUCUCCUUUUACUGGUGAGCAGCUACUCAAACAGAUGGUGUCUUUUGAAAAGGUGAAACUCACCAACAACGAACUGGAUCAGCAUGGCCAUAUCAUUUUGAACUCAAUGCACAAGUACCAGCCACGGGUGCACAUCAUUAAGAAGAAAGACCACACAGCCUCAUUGCUCAAUCUGAAGUCAGAAGAAUUCAGAACAUUCAUCUUCCCAGAGACCGUUUUCACAGCAGUCACUGCCUACCAGAAUCAACUGAUAACCAAGCUGAAAAUAGAUAGCAACCCUUUUGCCAAAGGAUUCCGGGACUCCUCCAGGCUCACUGACAUUGAGAGGGAAAGUGUGGAGAGCCUGAUCCAGAAGCAUUCCUAUGCCCGCUCACCCAUCCGUACCUAUGGAGGAGAAGAGGAUGUGCUGGGGGAUGAGGUUCAGACAACACAGAAUCGAGGGUCAGCCUUUACAACGUCUGAUAAUUUGUCUCUCAGCUCCUGGGUAUCAUCUUCAUCCAGUUUUCCUGGAUUUCAGCACCCCCAGUCCCUUACUGCACUUGGCACCAGCACAGCAUCCAUAGCAACACCCAUUCCUCACCCUAUACAAGGUUCAUUGCCACCGUACAGCCGACUUGGGAUGCCUCUGACACCAUCAGCUAUUGCCAGCUCGAUGCAGGGGAGUGGCCCGACAUUCCCCUCAUUCCACAUGCCCCGGUACCAUCACUACUUUCAGCAGGGGCCCUAUGCUGCUAUCCAAGGACUGCGCCAUUCCUCUGCGGUGAUGACACCGUUUGUAUGACUCUUCUAAACCUUGGAGAAUCCAGAUCCAGAAUGUGCAAAUGGGUAUGGAAAUAUGGGACAGGGUUGGGUGGGUGGGAUGUGGGGUGUUAGAGCAGGAGCUCUCCAGGAGACAUGGGACUUAUUAAAGAGGAGAGCUGGACUCACAAUAAAACCUACCGCUGAGGGAGUGCACCACAGACCGGGAGUCAUGUGUAG